AGCGUUAAAAGAGGAAGUCGUUUACAUUUUGAUUUGUUUUUGUUUUUUGUUGUUGUUUUUGUUCACGUAUUUUAAAAGUUGACUAGCUUAAAUAUUGUUCAUUUACAUACGUUUCACGAGCUAGCUGCUAGCAGUUAUCCUUUUGGAGACCUAAACUAUUAAGCGUGGCGUCACGUCGCUUUGAACGUUUUCGUGGCGCCACAGAGGUUGGUUAGCUUGGUGCUUGCUAACCCACCGUUUCGCCAAAUGCGUGCAACUUGUGGACUUUAUUUACCAAACUGUAUGGUCUAGUCAGGCUAUAUAGUGAAUAUUAAAUCAUUGGAAGACAUUUGUAAACUCAAAUGGAGGCGUGUUUGGGCUCGUUGCUGAAUUCGGACCUCAGGUUUGCGUGAUGCUACUUGUUUACUGACUUGUGAUGGGUUGCAUGACAAUUGGUCCUCUUGGACUAACCCUGGGUGGUCAACUGGUAUUCGGGUAGGAUUAAAAGAAGCUGUAAUUUACAUCAUUCAGAAAUAUAUUUUAAUUUGAAAGCUUGUAUUUUUAAGUUAAGUUUUAUUUUCAAGUAAUUUGCAUAUAAUAAGGAAAAUGUAAGGAAAUUGUGUGAAAUCAGUAAAUGUGCACUGACUCGUCUCAAAAACUACUUUUCACACAUGUAUCACACCUUCGCCAGUAGGUUCACAUGUCAGAUGUGCUCACAAAGUGCUUAUCACACCAAUUUCAAGCUUCAAGAUUUAUUAUGGUCAGUUUUUUAGUUUGAAAAAAAAGUUAGUUUUUACAUUUGUCAAAAAAAGCUUAUUUAAAAAAAAAAGUAAAGUGGAUACAUUUAUUGCAAAGUGCAGUUGUCCUCGGUAUGCACUUUUGAGAACCCGUUGUCCGUCCACCCUUGUGAUGGUGGCUAUUUCACAUGUUUGUUUGCUUGUUUUCUGUGUUCUCCGCGUAUUCUUCAGCUCUGUUCUGUCGGUGUGCGAGCCAGAGCUCCAGGAGCUGAUGCGGCAGAUCGACAUCAUGAUGAGCCAGCAGAGGAGCGAGUGGGAGGCGCAGAUGCGGGACAUCCAGCUGCGGCUGAAGGGCAGCCAGGAGGAGAUGUCCGUUUCCAGGGUGCUCCUCCAUCGCAAGGACCUGGAGAUCGGGGUUCUCCGCAAGCAGCUGCAGGAAUUCCAGACCGGACGACAGGACCUGGCAACCAAGUACGAGAAGCAGCUGGGGAAAGUCAGCGAUGAGUUGGACAAGUUAAAGCGGAGUUAUCAGAAGCUUGAACGCAGACGUGUGAGGAAGUCCAACAGUGAGGAAUCAAAAUCCAAAGAGGAGGACGAGUCUGAAGUCAGGAUGCUCAAUGACAAGCUUGAGGAGUACAGUCAGAGUUUGGUCAUCUACCAGAAGCAGCUGGCAGAGUUGGAGGCCCAUAAGAAGAGUCUGAAUGAUGAGCUCGCACACAUCAAAGCGCAGUGUGCAUCCGAGCGCCAACACGCCACCUGCUGCUCCGACGUUCAGCAUAUGCGCGCUCAGCUGGAAAAAGUUCACCAUGAGCUGCACACGCAGGAACUCGAACGGGAACGCUUCCGAGCCCUGGAGAACCCGCGCUUGGCAAACGACCGCAGGGAGCAACAGGACAAAGCGGAGGAGGUUGCAAGGCUUCACAAUGAUGUUAGCACACUCAAACACGUGCUGCACGACAAAGAGCAAGUCAUACGGUCAUUAGAGGAGCGUGCGGCGUGUCGCGACUUUGCCGGCGCGGAGAAGCUUUGCGAGGAUCUAGAGAGGACGUCCGCAGAGCUCGACCGCGCUCGCACGUGUGAGGCUCAACUCAACAGCCAAGUGAUGCGACUCAAACAGAGACUGGAGGAGAUGAGCGUCCAGCACAUGAAGUUGGGACAAGAAGCCAAGGUGCUAAAAGAUGCCUUUGAUUCUUCAGUAGCAGAAGUCAAAAAGCUGCGAGAGGAGCUGUUGAGGGCGGAGCAGCGGCACAGUGAAGAAGUGGACGUCAUGAGGAAGCAGGCCGAUGCGUCGCCUGCAGCGUCGCUGGCCUCCCUCAGGGAAAGCUGCGUGACGGAGCAGGACCACCCGCAGCUGAGGCCAGAGCUCGCGCAGACGCCUCGCCCUCCCCAGUGGGCCGCGGGCGGUGACAGGCCGGCGCCACACGGACACGCCAGCGGUGACAAUUCCAAGACCCCUGUGGAAAGCGGCGAUGUCGGCGAGGGGACUUCCUACGAGGGCGACAUCCAGAAUCUGUUCACUCAGCUUCGCUCGUUGGGCCCUCGGAGGCCACCCGGCAACAGGAGAAUCUCUGGCGAGAACUCUACGCCAGCAGACCACACUCCAGAGGGAUGCAGCUCCGCCUCGGCUUCGCCGCCGGUGAGCAGUUGCAAAAGUACAGCGAACCCCCACUUACAGGAUGCUCGGCCGGCGUCUCCUCCGGUGGACGCCACGGUGUCUCGCUUCCUGGAUGAGGAGAGGCUUCACUCCAAGGAGCUUCUGCACAAGCUGGACACGCACAUCCUCGGCAUGGGCGACAGCAUCGCCGCCAGCAUAGCCAAACGUCUCAACGCCAAGUCCUUGUGAAGGUGGAGGGGGAAAAAAAAACAAAAAUAAAAUCUACUUUUUUUUUUUUUUUAAAUCACUUUGCACAUUAAACAUGUCUCAAAAGUGACAAGUUCUUCUACAUCUCGUUUUUUGAAACAUCAGGUG